GUUAUCCAACCAGAGUAAUUCCGUUGCGUCCAAAAAACCGUUUCGUCUUGUUGUUUAUGUUUUUUUGUGUAUAUCCAAAAAUGCACCUUUAAAUACCGGCGCCGAGUGGGCCGAGUCCAUUUCACCUUCUCGGCUGAGGAACACGCGCCUUCUGUUCUUCCAUGGCGAGCUGGAUCAGAGGGCGGCAAAUCGGCAGCGGCAGCUUUGGUGACGUCGACCUUGCUGUUCGUAAGUCAACCGGCGAGCUUUUCGCCGUCAAGUCCGUCCGCAUCGAUUCCCCCCAUCUCGCCUCCCUCGAGAACGAGAUCGCCAUCCUCGGGUCCCUCGCCUCGCCCUACGUCGUCCGCUACCUCGGCGACGACACCGCCGGGGAGCGCCGGAACCUGCACCUCGAACUCGUGCCCGGAGGCUCCCUGGCCGACGCCCUGGCGUCCGAGAAGUGCGCGGCCCUCGGCGAGGCGGAGGUGCGGGCGUACGCCCGGUGCGUGACCAGCGCGCUGCGGUACCUCCACGACGUCGCCGGGGUGGUGCACUGCGACGUCAAGGGCGGGAAUGUCCUGAUCGGCGGCGCCCCUGGCGUCGCCAAGCUCGCGGACUUCGGCGCGGCGGUGCGGAUUUCGGAUGACGGCGUGAAGGGUAACCGCGGGCCGCGAGGGACGCCUCUUUGGAUGGCGCCGGAGGUCGCGAGAGGGGAGGGACCGAGACCGGCGUCCGACGUGUGGUCGCUCGGGUGCACGGUGAUCGAGAUAGUCACAGGGGCACAUCCUUGGCCGGAACUCAAGCGAGCAGAGCCCGAAGCAGCUAUGUUUCACAUCGGCUACGGAGACGAGCUGCCGGAAUUCCCGCUGCAUAUGUCGAAGCUAGGGAAGGAUUUCCUCGGCAAGUGUUUGAGAAAAAAGCCGAAGGAGCGGUGGACGGCGGAGCAAUUGCUACAGCAUCCCUUUCUGGCCGAAGAAGGCAUCUCCCCCGACAAUUCGCCGAGAGGAGUGCUCGAUUGGACAAAUUGGGAAUUUGAUGGAGACAAUUGCGGCUCCGAUUGCAGUAGCAGCUUAUCCUCUUCUGUCGAUCCGAUGUCUCAUGCGAGAGACAGAGUGAGACAGUUGGCUUCAUGUAGUAAACAGGUAAGUUGGGAUGAUUACGACGACGACGACGGUUGGGAGGAGAUCAGGAAGGCAGAUCAGGCCAAUUUAGCAGGGGAUGGAACAGAGGAAGCAGCAGAAGAACAUGUCCAAGAUUGUAACUGCUCCUGUGUGCGAUUGAACAACAUUGAUCGAGUAGGCUCCGUUCCUGCUUCUGAUGCCUCUGCUUCUGCAGCUAAUCGUUGUUGUUCUUGGUGUUCCAAUGAUGGCGGUGUGCGGCACCACCAGAUUGGGCUCGAUAGGAAGUUGUUGGUUGGUUGGUGUGAAUUAUUUUUCCAACUACAGAUGAUUAUUAAUACGAUUCUUCAUUAUCUCCCUUUCUUUGAUUUUGUUCCAAGUAGUUGACGGAAGGUAUUUCGAAAUUGGGUCGAACCGAUCCAUCCUUCCUGUCCAUUUUUUUUCAGUCGUGUUUCUUGUUCCUGAUUU